GCGGGCGAGACGGGCCAAACUCUGACCGAUAGUGACAAAUUGAGAGAAAAAGACACGGUACAGUAGGGCUUGGAGGGGGAGCAAAGAACAAAGAAGCAAACUAAGCUGUCUGCGCCGCGGAAUUGAGCCCUGGUCUUCCGUUGAAUGAGACAACAGGAAAAGUGGUUCAGGUUGUGAAACCCAGUCAACAUGGUGCUAUCUUACUUUGUACCUCUUGCAGAACACCUACCUACCUACUGAGUUUCGUGCACCACGGUGUGUGUGUGCGUGUGUGUGUGUGUAUGGACUUCGCUUCUGUCACUGCCAACAGAAGGCGGGUGGGGAAGCACAAGGUAUGUGGUAUAUUCCGUAUAAAAAUGUAGGUACCUACCAGCCAAGAUAACAUGCCAUGUGUUAACUCAAGCCCAAGAUGGGGAGUACUGUAGAAUUUGGCCAGAGAGGUAAGGGUAGCGGGCAAACACCUAGACCGCCAGUCUGGUCCUCAAAGUUCCAGAUCCAGAUUUCUUCUCGAACAAGUGGACGCGAGUGGGCGAUCCAUGCGACAUGUGCAGCUGUCGGCACGUACCUACGCAGCAGUUAUUAUUUUGCGGCUGAUGGAAGCUGGAACUUGCGCUGCCAUGGCGGCGGCGUUUGAUUUUGUGUAGCAGCCGUCAGCAAUUGAUGUAAUGUGAUGAAUCAACAAGACGGUGAGAUGGAGUUGAGUUUGCUGGUGACCCAUCACG